UUCCUGGCCCAGUGGAAGUUCGAGUGCCGCUUCUCCAACGCGACGGGGCGGGCGCAGGUGCGCUUCCUGCAGAGGGACUUCUAUGGCGGGCAGGAGAUCGACCACUUCGACAGCGACGUGGGCCGGUUCGUGGCCGUGACGCCGCUGGGGGAGCCCGACGUCCAGUCCUGGAACAGCCGCAAGGAGGUGCUCGACUACUACCGGGCCUCCGUGCAGCGCUUCUGCCGGCACAACUACGAGAUCUACGGUCCCUUCGCGCACGGGCGGCGCGUCCAGCCCGCGGUCACCAUCUCCCCCACCAAGGACGACCCCCUCUCCCCCCGCACCCUGCUGCUCUGCACCGCGGCCAGCUUCUACCCCCGGGAGAUCGAGGUCCGCUGGCUGAAGAACGGGCGACGGGCGACGGAGGGGGUCUUCUACGGGGAGCAGCUGCACAACGGGGACUGGACCUACCAGACCCAGGUGAUGCUGGAGGACACCCCCCAGCGCGGAGACGUCUACGCCUGCCAGGUGGAGCACGCCAGCCUGCAGACGCCCAUCACCGUGCAGUGGGAGCCACGGACGUCCGAGUCUGCCCGGAGCAAAGUGUGGACGGGGGUCGUGGGCGCCCUGCUGGGCGUGGUCUUUGUGGCCGUGGGGCUCUCCCGCUACCUGCGGAGUAAGCAAGCGUCUCCCGUCCAGUAAUCUGCAGGCAUGGCCUCUCCCUGUGUCCUCCCCAGUUGCUCCUCCCCAUUUCUUUCCUGCCUUUCCAAUGAUCCUUGUCCAGAGUGGGGGAACCGUGUCUGAAGGGAGGCCCCUGGUGUCUUGGGGCGCUUUCUGCACCUUGGCAGAGCACUCGUCGGCUAGUCCACCAGGGCACGGGGUAAAGGAAGAUACUUCCAUUCUUCCUGCUGGAACUCAGCUUGUCGAUUCUGUCCUUGGGAGAUGCGAAGGUGAAGGGGCUGGAAAGCUGCGGAUCGGCACGAGGAGGAGAACCGCAGCUGGAACCGCUCCCGCAAAGACCAGCUGGACAUUCCCUGAUUUUCUGCCUGCUCUUGCUUGGGUGGGAGGGGGGUGAUGGGGUGGACUGAUCCUGUCAGGCGCUCACAACACACCUGCCCAUUUUCAAUGGAUUUCGCCAAAGAGCCAGACUUUUUGGCUUGGUUGGGAUUCAUGCUGCGGAGUCCCAGGUUCCUGAUUAAGUGUAAGAGAGGCCACAUUCCCUUCCUCACCCACUGGACCCAACAGUUGUCCCCUGAAUGAACGGCGCUGUGAGUCGCUCCAGGCCAGCUUCUGCUUCUCCCAGAGCUGGUGCAAUUUUGGGGCUU